AUGAAUAAUCAGGCGCGGGCAUCGCGUCACGCGUCUGGUAUUUUACCAUCAAAGCAGUUUUUUGCACCAAGAAAACCAAUAACACAUAGUGCUUCGUUACGAAGGAAAUCUUCUGUCGUUGGUAAUUCACCAAAUACACCACCUUCGCCUGGAUCAACAUUUACUUCCGCAAUAGGCUCACAACUUUUAAAUAUUCCAUCUGAAGAAGAAGUUUCUCUUUUACAUCAGCCUUCUUCACUCGCCCUUACAACCCUUUCAUCACACUCUCCUUCCAUCAUCAAUAACCCUUCACUUGACCAAUCGGUUAAUACUAUUUUUAAUUCAGAUGUCUCUAUCAUUAAUCGAAAUUCUACACCAGUUAGACCUCCAAGUGCUUUGCUUUUAAGACGUCAACAACGUCAAAGCGGUGAAGGUGGAAGUACAGAAUUAUCUCAAGCUGUUAUUGAUUCUGUUAUGGAACCUAUUAAUCCUGCACCAGUUUUAGAACCCUCAUCAUAUAGACAAUUAAUGCGUCAAGCUACAAUCAAUGCUGGUUCAGAUUUAUCAUCAAAGGAUUUUGCAGCUGCUACCGCUUAUUCUAGACAUUCUGAUGUUUCUCCUAAUACACCUACCUCUAACACUAAACUUACUAUGAUGUCAUCAAAGAAAUUUAACCCCUCUUCUCCAACAAAACAGUCUAAUUUUAAUCCUUAUGCAUUAAUCAAAAUGCCUCGUAUUAUAUCAUCUCAUUCAAUAUCUUCAACUGAUUAUAAGGGGCAAAAACGUUUAUAUCAAGUAUGGCCUGGAAGAAAUCGUUUUUUUUUAGGCGGUAGGAUAAUGACCAGUAGAGAUUUUCCUGCUUUUUUGGUUGCUUUUUCUGCUCUUGUAGUUCCAUCAGGAUUAUUUAUGGGAUUUACUUGUCCAUUUCUUUUUAAAAAUGUAUCGCCGGCGGUGGUGUUUAUAUUUGUUUAUUUAUUUUUGUUAGCUGUGACUAGCAUGCUCAGAACUUCAUGGUCUGAUCCAGGAAUUAUUCCAAGAGACUUGGAUCCAUCUCCCCCAACAGAAUAUAUAGAGGAUCAAAAUGCACAAAAUAAUACAAACUUUGCUUAUGAACAAGCUCGUAGUAUUCCACUUCCAAAAGAAGUUAAAAUCAAUGGGCAACCAGUUAGAUUAAAAUAUUGUGAAACAUGUAAAAUAUAUAGACCACCUAGAUGUAGUCAUUGUAGACAAUGUGACAAUUGCGUAGAAAAUGAAGAUCAUCAUUGUAUUUGGCUAAAUAAUUUUGUGUUAUCUUUUUUCCUUAUGUGGUCUGUGGGUGGAUUAACAGGAUAUCAUAUGUAUUUAAUAAGUAAUAAUUUGACUACGCAUGAACAAAUACGUGUUCCUAUGGCAAGAAGGAAUGGUAACAGAAAUCCAUUUGAUUUUAGAAAUAUAUAUAAGAAUUGUCUUUGGGUUCUUUGUAGACCUAUGUCACGAAGUUUUGUUAGUAGACGUGCCUAUGUUGAUAAUGAAAAUUUGCGAGAUGAGAUUGGUGGUGUUGGCGCUUCAUCAGCACUUCCAGGCAACACUUUCAAUGAGGGUGUUAGAAGUACGGUUAUAGCAGGUGAAGUUAAUACGAGUGAAAUAGACAAUAAUACACUUGGUGAAGGUGAUAUAAGAGUAGACAUAAAACAAGAAGUUAUUACCUAUAAUAAUGGCGAUGAUUUAAAUGAGCUGCAACCACAACAAAAUGAAAAUAAUAAAAUUAAAGUGAAUGCAGAGCAAGUAUCAUCGUUUUUCAAACCACCUGUUCAAUCCAUUGAAGUUGAUGAAAAUAAUUCUGUACCAAUUGAAAAAGAACAAACUAAAGAAUUACAAACAGGAUCGAUAAUUUCAACUUAA